AUGCAUGAAGAGCUCCACGUGAAGAGCCAGCAGAUGGAUAAGAUCAUGGACGGGUUUGAGGAGACUCCCUCCUCCCGCCGCCCCAGCCGCUGCCAACCGCUCCACUGGGUUUGUGCAGCGGACCGAACAUCCCUCGGUCCUUUCGGUGCUCCGCGCCUGCCUUCCCGAAAACUGUUGCAGAACCCUCGGAGCGGGGGUCUCUGCGUCCCUCAGGCAGAGGAGCAGGAGUGUGGCGGCUGUGACUGUGCGACCCCGACCACCUUGCAGAAAGCCCCGAGCCCCCACCAGCGGGAGAGCCCCACGGCGGACCUUGGCGCCAAGAGGGAGGAGGCCGCGGAGCCCGCCCUCACCUGGAGAGGCACGUGGGUCUCGGCGUUCAAAGCCUUGACCAGGUGCAGGGCCUGCCGCCCUCCGAAUUAGACGGUGGCGGAAUUGGUGCCGUAUCACUCCAUAGGUCGCUCCGAAAUGGCGAAAAACAUUAUGGGAGACUUAAAGGAUCUUUUCCCUGAGAUCAUCGCUAGGGCCGCAGAACAUCUGUAGUAUGCCUUUAGUUUUGAGUUGAAACAGCUGGGCCACGAGCACCACACAUACCUAACCGACAAACUGAAACCUCCGAAGGAGAAGGAUCUGGGAGCGGAUAGCCCUAGACUGGGUCUCUUAAUGAUGAUCUUGGGUCUCAUCUGCAUACAAGAUAAUAGAGCCAAGGAGGCACAGGUUUAGGAGGGGCUGAGUCGGUUGGGGGUGUGUCCCUCAAAGUAUCACGACCUCUUCGAGCUCCCAAAAGGGCUUUUUAGGGAAGAUUUCGUGCAGCAGUGACACCUCGGUUACAUGGUGCCUCACACCUAUCCACCGGAUUGUGAAUUCCCUUGGGGUCCCCCAAGCAACCUGGAGACCAGCAAGAUGAAAACCUGGAGUUCGUGGCCAAGUUCCAUAAAAAAGGAAUCCCAGCACUGGCCAGUGCAGUACUGUGAGGCCCUGGCAGAAGAAGCCAGUACGAGGGCUAGGGCUAGGGCCAGGGCUGGCAUCGGGCCCUGGUGAGAGCCAAGGAAAAGGUGGUCAGUGAGAGGGUGGGGCGGUCCUGGGAGUGGAAGCUACUGUUUGAUUCUUAAGUAGUGUAAGGUGAGAGGAGUGUUAUUUCUAUAAGAGUUGUAUUUGUGUGACUAGAACUGAAGUUUUGUAUCUUGCUAGAUUUUGUGACAUUUAAUAUAUUACAAAAUUAAUGUUUAAA